GGGAGGAGGCAAUACAGGUUAAACGAGUUCAUAAGGUAAGCGGCCGUCCCACUCAGCAGAAGCGCACAGUCUGCGCACGGAGGAAAGGCCGUGUGAGGACGCAGUGGGGGACAGUCAUCUACAGGCAGGAAGACAGGCCUCACAGGAACCAACUCUGGUGACACCUGGAUGUUGGACUUCUGGCUUCCAGGACUGUAGCACAAUAAACGGCUCUUUAAGAUACAGCCUGCGGUAUUUUAUUAUGGCAGCUGGAGGGGGCAUCGUAAUUUUCUUCUUCUAGAGAUAACGAGUCCUCAGUAAGUGAUAGUCUUUAUUCCUCCCAGGGCUCACCUACUAUUUCCAUCCCAACCCCUGAAGCCCUAACUAUCCGGGAAUUCUGGUUUCCCACCCGCACAGCCCAUGGGCUUUCACACCCUAGUGUAUUUGUCCGGGCUGUUUCUUCCCUUGUGUUCCAUUUCUGCUCUGCCAAGCUCAGAUGUCCCGUCCUCUGGGAUUCCGAUCUUCUCUGCUCCUCCCUCCUCUCAGACAGAAGGAAUGGCUUGGGAUUUGGGCCCUGCUUUUAAAAAAACACAACUCCAUACAGCACUUAGUGCUUCGUGACUGGGCGUUGGGUUAACUCUUUCGCGCCGGCCUCCAAGCGCGGUGGGCCCUGGGGAUGGCACAGACGCGUGGUCUGUCACCCAGGAGUACUAGCACAGUGCUGGACAGAGUGAAGCGGCCCUUGGGGAGCAAAGGGUCCCCUUUAACCCUCAGGUUAAACCUUGGGUUAACCCAAAGUCCGGUUUAACCCUUAGGAACCUGGUCCUCUCCGGGUCGCACCCACCCGUGACGUUUCCCCUCCCCGGUGCCCGAGCCCCCUUCUCGCCAGCUCCCGGUCCCUGGAGUGGUCCCGGUCUCCGGAGCCGGCGGGCCCGCAGGGGUUUCGCCCGCUGCUCCUCCGGCGGGUCCCCCAGCCCCCUCUCCGCCUGCGUCCCCAGGCCCAGCCCAGCGGCGGGGCGGGGCGUCUCUGCAUUGGGCCGGGAGCCGAGCCGGCGGGCUCUUAGGCGGCCGUGGGGCUGCAGACGCUCGACCCCCGCGGUCGCGCCGGGGCGGGCAUGGCACGGUUGUGAGCCGAGCGAGGGGAGCCACGAUGUCGGGGGGCGCCGGCGCCGCCCGGCUGUGCUUGCUGGCGCUCGUCCUGCAGCCCCUGCGGCCGCUGGCGGUGCGGGAGCCGGGCUGGACGAGAAGAGGAAGUGAGGGAGGCAGCCCCUGGCCACAGCAUGAACUCGUAAUACCUCAGUGGAAGACUUCAGAAAGCCCCGGGAGUGGAAAGCAUCCCAUCAGAGCUGAGCUCAGGGUAACGGCUGAGGGGCAAGAACUGAUCCUGGAUCUGGAGAAAAAUGAGCACCUUUUUGCUCCAGACUAUACAGAAACCCACUAUACUCCAAGUGGCAAAGCUCAGACCACCACUCUGAAAUCUGAGGAUCACUGUUUCUAUCACGGAGCGGUGAGGAAGACAGAAGGGUCCGGCGUCACACUCAGUACCUGCCAAGGCAUUAGAGGACUGAUUACGGUGAGCAGUAACCUCAGCUACAUCAUCGAGCCUCUCCCUGACAACGCGAGCCAACACCUUAUUUACAGAUCUGAACAUCUCAAGCUGCCCCCUGGGAGCUGUGGGAUCAGUCACCCCCCCCACAGCACCAGGGAAUGGGGUCUUCUGUUUACAAACCAUACCAAGAACCGACCUCGCAGGAUGAAAAGGGAAGAUUUAUACUCCAUGAAGUAUGUGGAGCUUUACCUCGUGGCGGAUUAUGCAGAGUUUCAGAAGAAUCGACGAGACCAGGUUGCUACCAAACACAAGCUCAUGGAAAUUGCCAACUAUGUUGAUAAGUUUUACCGAUCCUUGAAUAUCCGGAUUGCUCUGGUGGGCUUGGAGGUGUGGACUCACGGGGAUAAGUGCGAAGUUUCAGAGAAUCCCUACUCCACGCUUUUAUCAUUUCUCAGCUGGAGGCGCAAGCUGCUGGUCCAGAAGAGCCAUGACAACGCUCAGUUAAUCACGGGUGUCCCUUUCCACGGCACCACCAUCGGCCUGGCCUUCCUCAGGACCAUGUGCUCCAUGCACCAUUCUGGAGGGGUCAGCACGGACCACUCUGAGAAUGCCAUUGGCGUGGCUUCGACCAUAGCCCACGAAAUAGGCCACAACUUUGGCAUGACCCACGAUUCCACAGGCUGCUGCUCUGCCAGUCCUGCUGAUGGUGGAUGCAUCAUGGCAGCUGCCACUGGCGACCCCUUUCCCAGAGUCUUCAAUGGAUGCAACAAGAAGGAGCUCGAUAGGUACCUGCAGUCAGGAGGUGGAAUGUGUCUCUCCAACAUGCCGGACACCAGGACGCUUUAUGGAGGCCGGUGGUGUGGGAACGGGUUCCUGGAAGACGGGGAAGAGUGUGACUGCGGGGAGGAAGAUGAAUGCAACAACCCCUGCUGCAAUGCCUCCAACUGCACCUUGAAGGAAGGGGCAGAGUGUGCCCACGGCGCCUGCUGCCACGAGUGCAAGCUGGUGGCUCCUGGCACCCUGUGCCGUGAUCAGGCCCAGCAGUGUGACCUUCCGGAGUUCUGCACGGGCAAGUCUCCCCUCUGCCCCACCAACUUCUACCAGAUGGACGGUACUCUCUGUGAAGGCGGCCAGGCCUACUGCUACAAUGGCAUGUGCCUCACCUACCAGGACCAGUGCCAGCAGCUGUGGGGCCCUGGAGCCCGGCCUGCCCCUGAUCUCUGCUUUGAGAAGGUGAAUGUGGCAGGAGACGAGUUUGGAAACUGUGGGAAAGACAUGCAUGGUCAGAACAGGAAAUGCAACAUGAGAGAUGCCAAGUGUGGGAAGAUCCAGUGUCAGAGCUCUCGGGAGCUGCCCCUGGAGUCCAACGCAGUAGCUAUCGAAACCACCAUCGUCAUGAAUGGGAAGAAGAUCCAAUGCCGGGGUACCCAUGUCUACCGAGGUCCUGAAGAGGGUGAUAUGCUGGAUCCAGGACUGGUGAUGACCGGGACAAAGUGUGGCUUCAACCAUGUGUGCUUCGAGGGACAGUGCAGGAACACCUCCGUCUUUGAAACUGCAGGCUGUGAGAAGAAGUGCAAUGGUCACGGGGUCUGCAACAACAACCAGAACUGCCACUGCUUCCCAGGCUGGGCCCCGCCCUUCUGCAACACGCCUGGCCACGGGGGCAGCAUAGACAGUGGGCCCCUGCCCCCCAACAGUGUUGGUCCCGUGAUCGCUGGCGUGUUCAGUGCCCUCUUCCUGCUGGCCGUCCUUAUGCUGAUCUACUACUGCAGACAGAACAGAAAGCUGAACCAGCUCAAGCCCUCUGUCCUCCCUUCCAAGCUGAUGCAGCAGUUCAGCUGUCCCUUCAGGGUGUCUCCAAGUGGCGGAACUGGCCAUGCCAACCCAACUUUCAAGUUGCAGACACCGCAGGGCAAGCGAAAGGUGACCAGCACCCUCGAGCCUCUGAGGAAGCCCUCCCAGCCUCCACCCCCACCCCCUCCAGACUUUCUGCAAGGCGGGGCUUUACCUGCACCGCUGUUAGCCCUUCUAAGUAGGACUGAUGGCGGCUCUCCAAAGCCCACAUCUCAAGUAGAGAGAAAGGAAUCACCCAGGAAGCCUCCCCCAAGCCGGCCUGUGCCCCCAGCACCAAACUACACCCUCACCCAGGAUUUCUCCAGGCCUCGGCCACCGCAGAAGGCACUCCCAGCGAACCCCGUGCCGGGCCGAAAGAUCCUCCCCAGGCCAGAUGACCUGCAGGCCCAGCCUCUGGUUGCACCUGCUCCGAAGUUUCCUGAGUACAGGUCACAGAGGACUGGGGGGAUGAGGAGCUCCAGAAUCUAAGCCCAUCUAGAGAUUUCUCACUCCUCAAUGAUUCUGGAUGGCAUGCAGAUUUGUGAUCACCCUGGGAACGAGAAGAAGCAUGCCUGGCUGCCUCUGAGCUUCCCCUGGCUUUCUCCUGGAAACACCAAAUCUCCACCAUUCCCAGCUUGAUUCAGUGCCUCUUCGCGGUCCUGGGAGGCCCAGAGGGACUAUUACCUGAUGGCUUCUAAGUGUUGGUCUGUGCAAUAUACAGCCCCGGUAGGGAGGGAGUGCACAGAAGAGGCUGAGCAGCAGCUUCUCCAUCCACCCUCCCAGGCUAGAGGUCUGACGGAGAUGGCCAGGACCGUCAGAGCUGGAGAACCAACCGGGAGAAGCCCAGCCCAACCCUCGGCUAGGGUUUAGCUUGGAGAAGCUUCCAUGCAGGCCCCAUGGUGGAGCAUACGUGGGAGCUUCUGUUGCUUCUGUCUCCCUCAGAGGUCCCAGCUGGACUGAGGCAGGGCCUUUACCUUGCCCUUUUAACUUUUAGGGAUCAAGGAAGGGUCAAGCCAGCCAUGGCUAUGGCCCUUCCCAGGGUUUGGCUGAGGUGACCGCUCCUGACUAUACGGCUGCAUGUGACAAGCCAAGCCCCCUCCCCACAGCCCCUAUUCGUGGGUCACUCUGACUCAGACAGGUACUAUUUAUAGGCAGCGUAGACAGCAGGGGGAGCACCCAGCCUGGGCCCCCUCUGAGCCAUCAUGCCAAAGGUCAAGACUCUUGGUAUUUCUUGGUUUGCUCUUUGUGUUCUCUCCUUUCUUUCCCAGUGUUCUGUGAUUCUGUUUUCUCCUUCCCCCUCAAGCCCACUGUAAUGCAUGGUGCUUUGGUGAGUGGACCCUCAACCGUCCUGACUUUUUAGGGACCAGGUGCUUGUGACCUACGAGUCAGGGUCCUGCCUCAUGGAGUGGCAAUUCAACUUCCUCCACUGGAUCCCAAGAAUGUUGACCAGAGUGCACUUAGGGCAUGGCUGUGGGAGUCAUACCUUUGUGUUCAUUGUGUUCCGUGACCUCGGCAGGGUGAGGGCCUUCCUGUUUACUCCCUGACCUACAUCUAGGUGAGGUCUUCCAGGAAUGGCGGCCCAUGUGGUAAAGGGAACAGACAUCCUUGGAAGCCCAGCUUUUUAAAAAGUACACACCAGGGAGCCUGUAUGUCCCUGAUGGUCUGCUCACGGUCUACAGGUACGACCACGGUCCUCUGAGCAGAGAGGAGAGGCGUUUCUAACCAAGGGAGCGGUCCGAGAUCCCCGGAGAUGGCAGCCAUCCACAGCCAUGGUGGAACAAUCUGAACUGGGGACCCCCGCCCCUCCUUCCCACCAAGGCUUCCGUUAUUCUUAUCCUUUAGUUCUCCUUCCCGACCCUCAGAGGAAGAGCUCUGAGCAGAUGGAAGGCUGGCUCCAGAGGAUCCUGUCCCGCCUGGAGCCCAGAAGGAGAGCUGUGUGGUGUGCUGCUAGAUAGGACGCUUUUUACAAAGUGGCUGAGGAUGGUCUCAGAUCGUCCCUGCCCCCACAGAGGUGCUGGGUGGCUCUCCUGAGGUGAGCUGGCCAAACAUUCACUCCUUUGAGGGUCUCCCAGGGCCCUUUCCACCUCCUACAGGAGCAAUUGUUUGCUCUCGAAAACCUCAAUACAAGGAGGAGGCUGAGCUUUUGACCCCAACCCCAGGGCCUCCUUGUAUGUAGCUCUCUGCACUCCCCUCAUACUGAGCUAAGGUUUGAGGGUUUGUAGAUAAAUGGGAUUUGUGGGACACAUGUCCGAGGGAAAAAGUGGGGUGGGUUUAGAAAGAUCUCAGGAAAAUGUGCUUCUUUCUCUCAGGGCAGAAGUGAUGUUGGGGUCCUUUUUAGGACCUUUCCUUUAGGUGUGUAGCAAAUGCUCUGUGCCUCAAAGCUGGUCCCAGAAGAGAUGUCCUCUGCCACCCCUUCCCCAUAAACAAGCAAACUGUCCCUAAGCCCAGCCCCAUACUCCCCGAAGUCCCCGUGGCCUGUGCAGCCUUCCUCCCUCACAUCAGGAGCAGUGACCCUGAAGGGACAGUGCACAGCUGUGGUGACUGCGUGAGCCUUUUACACCUGAAAUCCUCUGCCCCCAGAACCACACCAGGAAGUGUCCUGCUUGCUCUUCUCUUGCUUUUUAUUUUCUCAUUGUUUGAAUACUGCCUCCAUCCCAUGAGUUAUACUGUGAACUGGAAGAAUCUGGUAGAAUCCUUUGAUUUUGAUGGCAGCUUCAGCAGCCAGUUCAAUUUACCAUUUUACACCUGGCUCUGUUCAGGGAGCUGGAAGUUAUUUUUCUGCAGGCCAGGGAGGUGCCCAGGAGGAAAAGUACCCAUUCUGCGUCCCUUUUUCCCUCCUCUGCCAAUGGGCUGCUGUAAGUUGUCAAAUACAAAGAUGUUGAGACAUACAGGAACAGGGACUUUAUUCCAAAGGAUUAUUGCGAGAAGGGAAAUGAGAAUACCGCCAUAAGGAGAGGAGGGGGACAGCUUCAAUAAGAAGAACGCAUAGACCCUUUACCGAGUCUGCAAGCAUUCUGAAUCCCAGGCAGAAAAAGCCUUUUCUUUUAUUGGAAGGAAUUAACCUGGCUGGAAAGAACCGCAUGCAGGGUGUAACUGUGUGCGCAGCCCUUUUUGCGGGGAAAGGGGCUCUCUGUGAAAAAACAUGUUUUUGGCUCAGGCUAACCAUAGGUCCAAAUCUACCAUCUAGUGGGGAGGAGGGACGCUUCACUGAAGUUUGAUCUGUUGAGUUAACUAGUUGUUUGCUCAAGGAGAAGGAUGUAAAUCUUUUUAGAAGCUAAAUGAUUCCUCCUGCCAGUUUUACAACACUGGAAUGUUUUUUAGGGGCCCACAGCCAUCUCUGAAAUGUAAACCUCAGCGAGAUAGAGCCCUGUCUCUGGCUCUGUGGGAGGUUUACCCCGCGCCCCUGGCUCUGUGUUGCAACUACUUGCUGGCUCAAGAUUCCUUUUAGCCUUGUUGACUUUUAUGGUUAAGGCAAGACUCUCCCGGAUUUUAUGGUCUUAAUGUUUUCUGCAUUACAAUAGUCCCCUCUCUCUUUGCAGUAUCCUCUUACUGCUUGCAAUAACCCUUUUUAACAAAGUCUCCCCUUAGGUAUGACCUAAUUUGUUCUUAUUUGACAGAAGUAUGGAAGAAUUUUAAGAACUGAGGACCAGUUCUGAAAUCAGUAAUUGUGUUCAAUGCAUGCAUAACAGCUCUGCUGUACACCUAAGCAAGCCAGGGAAAUGCCAACUGGAAAGGUGUCCCAUCUCUAGAGAAGCCUACCAAGGAGAGGUUCUGCAGACCCCAAAGCCAAUUCCCACCUCCCCUUAGCAUCUUCUUGCGCCACCCAUUUUGUGUACGCGUCUGGGAUUCAGGGCAAUGUGAAUUAUCUUUUUAUUUGAGAGAUUAUUCAUGGAUUAGAGAUCCUCUUCUCUCCUGCCCACCUAUUGUUUACAAAUAUUUGUACAUCUAUGCAAAAUACUUGAAUGGGCCAUGGUGCCUUUUUUUUUUUCCUUGUUUGUAUUUAAUUAAAAUGAAUUGUUUGUCAUUUGAAAUGUUA